GAGUGGUUUGGUCUUGCAUACUCACAUGGUGAACAACAUAGGCAACUCGGCUGGCCAAUAGGGUUGAAGAAACUGUGUGCCUCCUCUUUUUCUUGUAGACAAACUUCACAAAACAUGAAAAAAGAAAAUCACUCAAAAACACAGCUUAGUUUAUAAAAGAGACCAAAGUCUAAUAUUUUAGGGUAUAUUUGACUGAUUUUCUAUUUUUAGAGAUUGCACUUAUUGAUACUUACUCUUUAUUAGAAACUGCAAGUAGGCUGUAGUUUUAGUAUCAUAAUAAUGAUAUAUUAAGCUAAUUUUAUUAUUACUUGACAGCAUAUUGAAAUAGUAACUUAUAUUGAACAGUAGAGCAUCUUGAUUGCUGUUCUCCUCCUCUCUCUCUGGAGCGCCGGUGGGUGGAGUUUCAGAUACUACAAAUUCACAUCUGCAGCAUCUGCGCUCACCUCUCCUCAUUUCUACCACUGAACCAAGAAGAAGCUGCCUUCAAAAACCACUAAAACAUGACAUCCUACACUGACAAAGGUGAAAAGCACGAGCAGGGCAAGUUUGUCUGCUUUGAUCACAUCACUUUCUGGGUUGGAAAUGCCAAACAGGCAGCAUCUUAUUACUGUAACAAACUGGGUUUUGAGCCCCUGGCGUAUCGCGGGCUGGAGACAGGCAGUCGUGAUGUUGUGUCUCAUGUGGUGAAGCAAGGGAAGAUUAUUUAUGUCUUCACCUCUGCCUUGAAUCCUGGUAAUAAAGAGAUGGGAGAUCACUUGAUAAAACACGGAGAUGGCGUUAAAGAUGUAGCUUUCACUGUAGAGAACUGUGACUUCCUGGUAGAGAAAGCUAGAGAACGAGGUGCCAUCAUCGUUAAAGAGCCUCAUUUUGUGGAGGAUAAAUUUGGCAGGGUGAAGCUGGCAGUGCUGCAGACAUAUGGUGAUACCACUCAUACAUUUAUAGAGCGGGCAGGAUAUAAAGGGACCUUCCUCCCAGGAUUCCAUGCUCCUCUGUUCUGUGACCCUUUCCUGGCAAAAUUGCCAAGCGGGAAGCUGGACUUCGUUGACCAUGUGGUCGGAAAUCAGCCAGACAAUGAGAUGGUGCCAAUAGUGGAGUGGUAUCAGAGGAACCUGUUGUUCCACAGAUUCUGGUCUGUAGAUGACAAGCAGUUACAGACUGAUUACAGUGCGCUGCGCUCCAUAGUGGUGGCCAACUUUGAAGAAACUGUGAAAAUGCCAAUUAAUGAACCAGCCAUGGGGAAACGCAAGUCCCAAAUUCAGGAGUAUGUGGAGUACUAUGGCGGUGCAGGGGUACAGCACAUCGCCAUGAACACUUCCGACAUUAUCACAGCGAUCCGUAACCUAAAGGAGCGUGGUAUGGAGUUCAUGUCAGUGCCUGACACUUAUUAUCAGCAGCUCAGGGAGAAGCUGACAUUUUCCAAAGUCAAAAUUGCUGAAGAUAUCAGCAUACUGGAGGAACUUAAAAUCUUGGUGGAUUAUGACGACAAUGGCUACCUACUCCAGAUCUUCACCAAACCAGUACAGGACAGACCGACAGUGUUUCUGGAGGUUAUCCAGAGACACAACCAUCAAGGGUUUGGUGCUGGAAAUUUCAAAUCUCUGUUUGAGGCAAUUGAAGCAGACCAGCAUGCCAGAGGAAACCUCACCAUCCUUACACCUAAUGGCUCAUCACAGAAACUCUGAAUUGGCUAUUCAUAGUAAAUGCAUGGCAGCAUAUUUUGAAAUAUGCAUAGUAAACUCUCCAGUGUUUUACUUUUUGCUUGGCUUUUAAGCAUGUGCCAAUAUAUUACAAAUACUACAAAUACAGACCUUGUGGACCUUUAGAAAAAAAAAACCGUCUCAUGGAAGGUCUUUUAAUUUCCAUCAUAUCUCAAAUUAUAUAUUUAACAACAUUACGUGGAGGAAAUACUAUUAUAAUAUGGUAGCGGAAAUUAUAUUUUUGGAAAUAAAAUUUCUUCUUGAGAUUUCUUUGUUGAAAUUUUAUAUAGCCUGUAUUUUCACACGUAAUAGCCUACUGUAUGCAUCAUUUAAUGUCACAUCAUGUUUGGAAAUGAAACACAAUAAAAGGAUUCCUUUCAUGAGAA